CGUACGCAUCUAAAACCUAAAAUAGCCUCCAGUUUAACUCAGACUUUUCUUCUCUUUCUUCAUCGGCUCUGCCUCUCUGCAUGUAAUUAUCGAUCACUCUUUUUAUCACAGCAUUAUCAGGCUCCAGCUCGAUCUCACAUUCAGUUCUCAAGGCAAAAGGGUCUUCGAAUGAUGGCGAGUGAAGACGUGAAAACCCAAGUUCCUGUUGAAGAAAAUGGGACUAAAGAAGAAGAGAAAAAUGGGAAUUUAGAGGCUUCAACUAGCAAUGAAAACGGUGAUUCUUCUGAUGUUUCUUCUGUGAUACAAAAAGAAGAUGAAGAAGGAGAAGAAGAAGAGACCAAAGAAGUUACAAAGAAGAAAAAGAAGAAAAAUAAAAGCAAGAAAAAGAAGGAAUCACCAAAGCAGACUGAUCCACCCUCUAUUCCUGUUGUUGAUCUCUUUCCAUCUGGGGAGUUUCCUGAAGGUGAAAUUCAACAGUACAAAGAUGAUAAUUUAUGGAGGACUACGUCUGAAGAGAAAAGAGAGUUGGAGCGUCUUGAAAAGCCAAUGUAUAAUUCAGUUCGACAGGCAGCAGAAGUUCAUCGCCAGGUACGGAAGUAUAUGAAAAGCAUUUUGAAACCUGGAAUGUUAAUGACGGAUCUCUGUGAGACCUUGGAGAACACAGUUCGUAAGCUAAUAUCAGAGAAUGGUCUACAAGCUGGCAUUGCAUUUCCUACUGGAUGCUCUCUGAACUGGGUCGCUGCUCAUUGGACCCCAAAUUCAGGGGAUAAGACAGUGCUUCAGUAUGAUGAUGUGAUGAAAUUGGAUUUUGGGACCCAUAUUGAUGGACAUAUCGUGGACUGUGCAUUUACAGUGGCAUUCAACCCUAUGUUUGAUCCACUACUUGAAGCAUCACGUGAGGCAACCAACACGGGAAUCAAGGAAUCUGGGAUUGAUGUGCGUCUUUGUGAUGUUGGUGCUGCCAUCCAAGAAGUCAUGGAAUCAUACGAGGUUGAAAUUAAUGGAAAGGUGUUUCAAGUUAAGAGUAUCCGAAAUUUGAAUGGGCACAGCAUUGGACCCUAUCAGAUUCAUGCUGGAAAAUCUGUUCCCAUAGUUAAAGGAGGGGAGCAGACAAAGAUGGAAGAGGGUGAAUUUUUUGCAAUUGAAACAUUUGCAUCUACAGGCAAAGGAUAUGUAAGAGAAGAUCUAGAGUGCAGCCAUUACAUGAAAAAUUUUGAUGUUGGCCAUAUCCCUCUGAGGUUGCCAAGAGCAAAGCAACUGCUAGCAACAAUCAAUAAGAACUUCUCCACAUUGGCCUUUUGUAGACGGUAUUUAGAUCGCCUCGGUGAGACUAAAUAUUUGAUGGCACUAAAAAAUUUGUGCGAUUCUGGCAUCAUUCAGCCUUAUCCUCCUCUAUGCGAUGUUAAGGGCAGUUAUGUAUCCCAAUUCGAGCAUACCAUCCUACUGCGGCCAACCUGCAAAGAGGUCAUAUCGAGAGGCGAUGACUACUAGUGUGGAUCGAGUUACAUUUUGUAGGUGCAUAAUAUAUAUGCCUGUUGAUGACCCUGUGACUGUAUAACUAAAAUAUUCAGUUGAAUGUGUAGUUUAUCCAUCUUCGUUGUCCGUUUUGUAACUGCUGGUUUUAGUGAACCAACAGCUUUAUAAUGGCGAAAAAGAAUUGGAAUAUCUAUUUAUCACAAUUAUGAUUUUAACAUGGAAA